AUGGUUCUUCGCAAUGGUCAUCGAAUUACUAUUCUUAUUCUUUCUAUUUGUUAUCAUGCUGGUACAGCUCCAACAAUUAUUCUUAUUGUUCAUACUGAUAAUGAUGGUCGUACAACUGAAAAAAAUUUUAUUAUUACUUGCAUUGGUAAUGAUGGUGGUAGAGAUCAUCAAUUUAUUAUUAUUAUUAUUAUUAAUUCUUGCUCCUCCUGCACUUGGAUUUAUGAAGGUGGUUUAGGUCAAACAACAAUUGGCUUUAUUGUUAAUGGUGGUGUAUUCACUAUUGGUAUUGGUCUUGUAUCAAUUUUAUGUGGUGGUAGAGUCUUAAUGUCAAUGGCCUGA